GAAGAUUCCUCCAAAUUUUGAGACAAGUUACUAUUUGAAUAAAAAAAAAAACAAUUAAUUUGAAAUGGUGGACUCGAAUCGAGGCGACCGGGGGCACUGGCAUCUACUGCUGUUUUUCAAAAUUCUCAUAGCCUGGGAGAGCGCGAGCGGCCAGGUCCACUACUCGGUCCCGGAGGAGGCCAAACACGGCACCUUCGUGGGCCACAUCGCCCAGGACUUGGGGCUGGAGCUGGCAGAGCUGGUGCCGCGCCUUUUCCAAGUGGCGUCCAGAGGCCACGGGGACCUUUUGGAGGUAAAUCUGCAGAAUGGCAUUUUGUUUGUGAAUUCUCGGAUCGACCGGGAGGAGCUGUGCGGGCGGAGCGCGGAGUGCAGCAUCCACCUGGAGGUGAUCGUGGACAGGCCGCUGCAGGUUUUCCAUGUGGAGGUAGAGGUGAAGGACAUUAACGACAAUCCUCCUGUAUUCCCCGAGACACAAAAGAAUCUGUUUAUUGCAGAAUCCAGGAUGCUUGACUCUCGGUUUCCACUAGAGGACGCUUCCGAUGCAGAUAUCGAGGAGAACGCUCUGUUGACUUACAGACUGAGCCCCAACGAGUUUUUCUCUCUGGACGUACCAACAAAUGACGAACAGGUAAAACCUCUUGGACUUGUAUUACGGAAACCUUUAGACAGGGAACAGUCUCCAGAACUUCAUUUAGUGCUCACAGCCACUGAUAGAGGCAAACCUGAGCUGACUGGCACCGUUCAGUUACUCAUCAAAGUGCUGGACGUCAAUGACAACGCCCCAGCUUUCGACAGAACACUCUAUGCGGUGAAAUUACCAGAAAAUGUUCCCAAUGGAACUUUGGUAAUUAAACUUAACGCCUCAGAUUUGGAUGAAGGCUCGAAUGCGGAUAUUAUUUACUCCUUCUCUAGUGGUGUUUCCCCAGAUAUAAAAUCUAAGUUCUACAUAGAUGCCAUAAGUGGAGAAAUUAUAGCAAUAGGACAUAUCGAUUUUGAAGAAAGCAAAACCUACAAACUUCGAGUAGAAGCGAUCGAUAAAGGCUACCUACCACUAGCUGGUCACUGUACAGUUCAUGUGCAAGUUUUGGACGCUAAUGAUAAUGCUCCAGAGUUGACUGUUACUUCCCUGUCUCUCCCUAUCUCAGAGAAUGCUCAACCGGGCACAGUCAUCACCUUGAUUAAGGUGUUUGACCGAGAUUCUGGAGCUAAUGGGGAGGUGACCUGCUCACUAACACCCCAUGUCCCCUUCAAGCUG